GGCGCGGCCCUGCGGGGAGGCCAGCGUGCGUCGUAUGGGGCGGCACGCGCACGCAGGGGGCGUGGCUGCGCGACGUGUUCAGCCUCUGAGAGAUGAGCGGGUUCGACCCAGUGUAGCUAUCUUCGGCCGGAGGGUCAGGGGGGCGGCGGGAACCCGAGCUGCCGGCUGGGGCCGCGCCCCUCCAUCUCUUCCUAACUCCCUGUCCGCAGAGAAGCGCUCGGAGUCCCCGGACUGGGUCCCAGCUGUCCUUCCGAACGGCGAGCCUCAGUUUCUCGGUGGCACUUGGACUCGCCCUGGGAGGGAGACCGGUCCGCAGUCUCCAGCCGCAGAUCCUCGUGGACCCUCUUCACAGACGCUUCGCGCAGCCUCAGAUUGCCUUGGAUGGUGGCCUGCAUCUGACAGUCCCAUCAGCUCUUCUCAGCGCUCCUGAGGCCACAGCUGUCAGCUCCUCUGACCCUCAGCACUUGCCUGGAAUGCCUGGGUUUGCCACACCCCUUUUCAGCCCAUCUCUGUCCUGUUGUGUCAUGCCCACCCUCCCCGCUGCGCUGUCUCUUCCUUUCUUCCUUCUUCCUCUUAUAGUCGAUGUGGCAACUCCCCUCUGUUCCCAGCAUGCCUCUUGGCCGGCACCAUUGGCAGGGCCCUUGCAAUCCCAUCCGGGCAGCAGCCUAUUACACCAACGCACACCCUUGGCAGCAGAUGGACCAGGUCUCUCCUGGGGUCACAUAUGCCCCCCCUAGUGGAUCCCUGCAUUGAGCGGCCCUGCUAUGGGGACCCUGUGUGUGCACGCACAACCUUGGAGCAGAAGAACACGGCCAUUAGUGCUCCCGGCGGUCUUCUGGACCAAUAUGUCCUUUUGCUUUGAGCACUAUCAGGACAACCUCACCUGCAUCUUCGAGAUCCUAGGGCACCUGAUGGACUGAGCCCAGGUGUGGGCAGCCCCCUACGUCGAUGGGGACCUGCCCCUUCCUGACAAUUAUGAGCUCUUCUGCCAGGAUCUCAAGGAAGUUGUUCAAGAUCCGAACAGUUUCACUGAGUACCAUGCUGUAGCACCUUGCUUCCUGCCUCGAUCCAGCCACCAGUGGCCUCCAGAGCUGCCUGUGGUGAAGCAGUACUUAGCUAGGUACUCAGAGGCCCUGGCACUCAACAUGGGUGCUGUCCCAGUUGCUGUGGCCACCCCUGCUCUUUGCAGUUCCAACUCGACAUCCAGAAAUACUCUCCCUGAACAGCAGUGGGCCAAGGAGAACAGCCCUGGGUCUAUGGAGUCCUCCACCUUGUCUACUUUUACAUGCAGCACUGAUCCUGGUCCUGUGGGGCCAACCUCGUCCCAGCCAGGGGAGGUGACCCCUACAUCUGUCCCUGUACUUUCAGGAUCUGCUAACCUGCCUGCUCAGAAACCAGAUCCAGUUCCACCAGGGGGUCCAGAACCCCAGAAGACAGAGGAGGAGGUUUCUGAGACAGGUAGACCAGGAGACAUCCUUAGGUACCCCAUA